UACAUAAAUUUAUGCUCCGUGUCGUAAGUACUGAGUUCAUGAACCCAAUACCCAUACCCUAUAUUCGUCUCUGGACUAGAUUAUAAAUAUAUGUGGAAUGUUCAUUUAAUUUGUGUUUGGGGCACCUAGGGUUUUUAUUUUUCUAUUUGGUAUCUACUGACAGUGAUAGAGGAAUUGAAAAUUUUUCAAUCUUGGAUAUAUAUUAAUUGGUAUCUACCAGAUAUUAAAAUCAGUUUUUGUCGAAUUCGUAACAUUUGGUUCUAUUUUUGUACUUGAUAGAGUUUAUCCAUUCCUACUCAUUUGGGGUUCGAUUCCAACUGAAGUAGCUAUGGAGAAGGAAGUAGAAUUGAGGCGAAAGAGAGAGGUGUUGGAGAAGGUGGUGGAGGUCAUUGCCUCAAUCAAAGAUGCCAAACACGUUGACCAAGUCAUCUGUGCUCUUCAUUCCCUCGCCCUUCGUCUCUUCCCUCUCGACCCCCACUCCCUCGCAGGUAGUCUUAACGAGCAGUACAGGGAACAGUUAACAAGUGCGAGACUCCCGGCUACACACGAGAGAGAUGAAUGGUGGCAGAUUUUCUACAAAGGCCCUGCAUUCGCAACAUUGGCUAAGAUUUUGUUAUAUGAUAUGGCUUAUGAUUGGCUGGCAUGUCUCCCCAUUUCUGCAAGGAUGCACGUCUAUGAUGUGUUCUUUUUGAGAGGCCAAGUCAUUGAGGUUGUAAAGAAAUUAGUUCCUUGUCUACAAUGGAGAGGUAGUAGUGAUAAUGACACCCGUUCCGUCCACUCAAAUGCUGAAAGAUUGCUUGUGCUGUGUUUGCUUGACAAUAUGGGAGUUACCCAGAUUGCUCGAGAAUUGUCUACUUACUGUCAAGAAGAUCUUGCCCAUGAAGAGCUCAAGCAGAUUAUAUCACAGGUGGUCCAACUCCUUACAUCUAUACCUGAUAAAGCACAAGCAGGAACCUCUAAUGCAUUAUCAUCACACGUGUUCUUCAAGCAUAUCACUGCUCAACUUCUUGCUGGAGCACAUGAACGGGACAAGCUUUUAGAUGGAGGAGAUCACGUUGAUAAAAACAAAUUAGGUGGCGUCCUCCUGUUAAUGGGUGAAGCAUUUGCCCGCAUUAGUCGGCGAGGAUCAGCAGAUGUGCUGUUAGGCGUAGUGGUUCCUGAAAUACAUAAACACGUACAGAGCUUCUUACCGCCAAAUUCGGAUAUCCCUAUUGGUGAAGCAUUUCAAUCAACACCUGGUUUGAGAUUUUGGUUGAAGAUGAUGGAGUCAAUCAAAGACCCUUACUCCUUAGAAAGAAUGACUGAACUGCUACUCAAACAAUUAGCAGCUCAAAAUACAGGAGAUAUUGAAGCUCAUUGGAUUUUGUGGAUAUUAUUUCAUCAGGUUUACCAGCAACAAGCCUCAAUUAGGUCCAUGUUUCUUGAGAAAUUCUUACUGUGGAAAGUAUUCCCUAGUAAUUGCUUGAGAUGGAUUCUUCACUUUGCGGUUUUUCAAUGUUCCCCUGAAAAUUCCUCAUCAGUGAAAGCUUGUAACCUCCGUACUCUCUCAGAGACUGUUCAGCGGCUUGUCACGGCUUGGUCCAAACGGGAGUUUGUGCAAUCUACUUCAAUUGAGCAGCAAGCAUAUAACACUGCUGCCUUAGGGCUUUGCUUAGAGAAGAUGUCUAAAGAAGAUUUAGAUGCUAGCAAGGAUGCAAUGCAGUGUAUUCUUGAAGGAGUUAGCUGUAGGUUGGAAAGUGCUGACCAUUUGAUCCGAAAAAUGGCUAGCAGCGUUGCAUUGGCAUUUUCCAAAGUAAUUGACCCCCAAAAUCCUCUCUACCUUGAUGAUAGUUGUCGUGAGGAAACUAUUGACUGGGACUUCGGUUUAUUAACCCCAGAAAAAAGAUUUUUGGCUAGUUCCACAAACAUAGAUGGAGAUAUUAAGGGUUGUUCAACCACAGUAGCUGCAAAGGUAUCAAAUACUAUAGCUUCUGCCAGCACACAUGAUAACGUCACGAGUAAAAAGAAGAAAUUAUUUGGAUUUGAAUCUGUUGAUCCAAAUGAGAUCAUUGAUCCAGCAUCCCUAAAUUAUGAGGUCGGUUCUAGUGAAGAUGAUGAGGAUAAUGCAAGUGAAACUUCCGAGUCCUCGAAUGACUCGUCUUUGCAGCCGUAUGACUUGGCAGAUGAUGAUGCAGAUCUGAAAAGAAAUUUCUCACAGUUAGUGGAUGUGAUUGCAGCACUAAGGAAAUCUGAUGAUGCUGAUGGUGUUGAUAAGGCCAUUGAUGUUGCUGAGAAGCUUGUACGAGCAUCACCUGAUGAGCUCAAGUUUGCAGCUUCUGAUCUAACCAGAAGUCUUUUACAAGUUCGCUGCUCUGAUUCAACUAUUGAAGGGGAGGAAGAGUCUGCUGAAGAGAAGAGACAAAAAGCGCUUGUUGCUUUGAUUGUCACAUGUCCUCGUGAAUCUCUCAGUACACUAAAUAAUUUACUUUAUUCACCAAAUUUAGAUGUCAGCCAGCGGUUACUGAUACUUGAUGUAAUGACGGAGGCUGCACAGGAGCUUGCAAAUACAAAGAUUUCAAGACUUAAACAACGAUCUAAUGCUCUUGUGUCAUCCAUGGAUGAUCAACCAUGGUUCAUGCCAAAACCUAUUGGUCCUCCUGGAGCCGGCUCUUGGAAGGAGAUCUCAACACCAGGGACUCCUUUUAAUUGGUCUCAUUCUUAUGAGAGAGAACUUCCUCAUAAACCAGGUCAGAUCACUAGAGGAAAGACACGCCGUUGGAGCCUUCAUUCAGCUUUACCGGUCAACCAGCUUGAAUGGUCCCAGAACAAGUUUCCCCAGUAUGCAGCGGCUUUUAUGCUUCCAGCCAUGGAAGGAUUUGAUAAGAAAAGGCAUGGUGUAGAUUUGCUUGGCAGAGACUUUAUUGUUUUGGGGAAGCUUAUCUACAUGCUUGGUGUUUGUAUGAAGUGUUCAGCCAUGCAUCCAGAAGCAUCUAUUUUGGCAUCUCCUCUUUUGGAAUUCUUAAGAUCAAGGGAGAUAUCUCAUCAUGUGGAAGCUUAUGUUAGGAGAUCUGUCCUGUUUACUGCUUCAUGCAUAUUGAUUUCUCUUCAUCCCUCCUCUGUGGCGGCUGCCCUGGUUGAGGGGAAUUCUGAAAUUUCAAAAGGACUUGAGUGGGUUCGCAGCUGGGCACUUGAUAUUGCUGAAUCUGAUACCGAUAGGGAGUGCUACACACUGGCUAUGACUUGCCUCCAACUCCAUGCUGAGAUGGCUCUACAGACCUCUCGAGCACUUGAAUCACCAGAAAGCUUACACGGAUCGAAUAAGAGUAGUCUACCAUCAAAUAUAUUGAAGGGGGUUAUCAAAAUCCACAAUUCAAGUGGUGGCGUUCUUAGCCUCCCUUAGAUAUUAUUGAAAUGCCUAUUCUCCCGUACUAUCUGUAAAUAUCCAACCUCUCUUUCAUAGUUGACAUCCCUCAGCACAAACGAUAAAAUGAUUCUGUCUUUGUUCUUGCCUAUAUCUAUUUAUUGUUGUGUGCCAUGCAAGUGCUUUUAUUUCAUGAAUUUUCAGAAUAUUGCUAGCCCCCUGCUCAAGCCGUCUGAUGCAUCUUGGAGAGUUUGGCUCAAGAAGCAUAAAGUUUAGCAAUGCUUACUCCAAAAUUGGUGUGAGGUGCUAAAGUUUUUCAAAGAGGCGUCCUUUGAGAAAAGGAGAGAAUAUUGGCAUGUUAGCACUUGUGAUGAGGUUUUUCAUCCCAAAGAUUCAGUGCAGUCUUGAGUUUAAAUGCGUUUCGAGGAUGGCGAGAAGGAAAUCUCCAAAGGCAGAUGAUGUUAGCAGCAGCAGUAUAUCAUAGCUGGAGGGAAAGAAACUAGAGAAUUUUCCAACUCAAGAAGCAGCAUAUUAGCUACUUGACCAAGCUUAUCAUUUAGGAGAUCCAUAAUUUAAAGCUGGCAACAGGCUACACAUUGCAAAGUGGCUGGAGAGCUACAAUUUCUAUCCAGCUUAGGUCAUUUACAUGUUAAUAGGUGUUUUAUGAAUGCUAGUUUGUGCUAGAACUGACUAUUGGGACUUUGUCCAAUAUCAUGUUCAAAAUCUUUAAGAGCCUUUUACAGGCUAAAAGGGAAAGUUACAAUGAAAAGUCAGAAUCUUUGAGCUCUUGAUGAAGAGCUUCUUCUAACAAAAACUGAGAUUGUUCCAUUAACUCAGGACUUGAUCUGAACAUCAACACACAAAAUUCCAUCUGAUUAAGAGCUCCCUCACCAUCAAAAUCACCUUCUUUUAGUAUACUCUUAAGAUCAUCAUCAUUGAAAUCUUGAAGUCCUAGCAAAGCUGAAUUCCUCUUGAGAGACUAAAAUGUAAUGACCCUUUUAUCCUUAUCCAUUAAUAACUGAAACCCAUAACUCACCUAUUAAACCUUGGCCUUGUCAUAGCCAGGGGUAUAUUCGUCCUUUUAAAUCUCUCCUCUUUUUUUUUCCGUACUUGUAAAUGCUAUUUUUUAUAAUAAAUAUAAGCAAAGAGAGAAAAACAAUAUUCUCCAUUAGGAUGUGGUUGAUUGUAGAUGAGUGAGGUUUGAAUUUGUCGUAUAUUAUAAAUGUUAUUUUAGUUAUAUGAUAUUUAUUUUUUAUAGCA